UUCAUUGCACGUGCGAAGGGCUCGUACCGUCUGAUCCGAACCGUGCUGGGAAUCACGUGUGCAUCGCAGGUGCCAGCGCUAGACGACUGCAUAAUAUAAUCUGGUGCUCCGCCCGACCGACCCACCGACCGACCGUCCCGCCGAGUCGAUGGAAGGGAAGGGCCAAAGUUCUCGCCCCAAGCGUCCGCUUCCCGACGACGAUUCCGACCCGUCCCCGCUGCAGAGGAGGGCUAGGUUUCCGAAGGCGAAGAAGGCGAAGAAGGGCAACGAGCUCUCGUUCGGCGGUGAUGGAGACGAGGAGGACUUCCAGCCGAGGUUUGACGCCCAGCUCGCCGCUAAGGAGCGUGCCAAGCGCCGAAGCCAGUUGAGAGAGGAGGAGCUGUUCCGGGACCAGGUGGACAUAUCCUCUGCCGAGGUUCACUAUGAGGAUGAUGCUAAUUUUGAAGAGGAUGGUAUUCGAAUAGAACCAUUUAAUUUGAAGCAAGAAAGAGAAGAGGGAUACUUUGACGAAAAUGGAAAUUUUGUUGAAUAUGCAAGUCAGCAUGAUAUUAAGGAUGCGUGGCUGGAUAAUGUUGAAGUUGAUACGAGAUUCGCAAAAAAACAUCAGGAGAAAGUAAGUGCAGAAGAAGACUAUCAGGACCUUUCUUCAGAGGAUAUAGGAAAGAUAAAGAGGAAUAUUGCAAAUUUACUUCAGCCAGGAGAAACGAUCAUACAAGCUUUAAAAAGGCUUAAAGGCACUUCCAGUGACAACAGAGGAAAGAUGUCAUUAGACGCAAAACAUAUGUUUGAUCAACUCACUGAAUAUGCCAUGAAACUUAUGGAGAAUGGUGAAUACAAUGCUUACCAUGAGGAACGUGAAACUUUCGAGCGGGAGGCAGAAGGAUAUGAGCGCGUAGCUCGUGCAAAGAAUGGUACUUUAGAAAGCGCAGAUAUUGGAAAUUCUGAUGCCAAGAACAGGGAAGAUAUUUUUUCGGAUGGUAUGGGACAUGCAACACACAAUUCUUUGAUAUGGGACAUGGAGCCUGGUCCUUCUGAAGCAAAUGCCUCUACUCUACUAGUCUCAUCUAAUGAUGCCGGUGACAAAUUUGACAUGUUUGCGGACGAUGAUGAGAAUGGUGAUGAAAAUCUUCGGUUUGAUGGCAGUGCUGUGGGUUCAGGUUCUACUUCUGAACCAGUUCUUCAACCCACUUCCGGAAGCUUAGAUUCAAAUGACUUAGAUUCUGCAGAAGCUGCUGAUGGAGGACUGAGGUCAGAUUAUGUAUAUGAUCCAUCAUCUGGCUAUUACUAUAGCAGCAGCUUGGGCUAUUAUUAUGACCCUGCAUCAGGACUGUAUUGCUGUGCUGCAUCAGGAACAUGGUAUUCUUUUGAUGAGCAAACUGGUGCAUACAAUGAGGUCCAGAAUGUUGCCUCUGUCGAAAAUUAAGGUGUCUUCAUAGGAUAGAUCAGAGUUAUGACUUAUCAUUGACAGUACAGCUGGAAGGAAAAAUCCAUUCCUAAAAGUUUGACGCAUGGGACCAUUCAGAGUUGUAGCCAAAUGCAUUGCUGAUGUGUGUAAGAGGAGUAUAAAGAAACAGUUAAUGUAAAGCUAAUCUGAAGCCUGUGGUUUGUGGAUUUGUUCUGCUUUCUUCGGAUGGAACAUUGUGAACUGGUGUGCUUCAUGUCACUGUUAUCUGCCCGCUACAAAUGCAACAACUGUUGUUGUGGGUAAAUGUUGUAGUCAGUUACAUCUAAGCCCCUAAAAUUAUGAUGAGCAAUGUCUGCUGGGGUCCAGUCUUUUGUUCCAGAAUUUCAUUCAAUUGAUGUGGCAAUAUAUUGGAGUUCAACCAGUCUAGCCCGAGAGCCUCCACUCCCUUUCAAUCAUUGGAAGCCAAUUACCUGUCGAAAAAUAAAUUAUACCUAUCUACCAUCUUUGUAAAACAAACUAAAGCCAAAUUGCGUUUUUACUA